AAAAGGAGGAAGAGGAAACUAGCAAUUCCCUGCCCAACCCCAGACUCACACCCUAUGCAACCAACAGGUAGGCAGGCUUGCACAGACUGCUCAGAGGAGUUCCUUGAGCUGCGAGCAGGUCAGAGCCUGGAAAAGACACCGAACCAUCAAGGGCUCAAGUCCGCUGGGUGCCGGCUUCUGCUCCAGCUCCAGCCUUCACUCGCCCUCCCGUUUCGGCUCCAGCCUCGCACCCGGCUCCGGCCUCAGUUCACCCCCUCAAGUACAUCCUCUUUCCCCCGCGGCCGUUCCUGCUCGGCGCCAGCUGCUGCUCCCAGAUUCCGCAGCCGCUGGACCUUCAAGCCAUGGCAGGUCCCUUUUCUCGUCUGCUGUCCGCCCGCCCAGGGCUCAGGGCCCUAGCUUUGGCCGGAGCUGGGUCUCUGGCCGCGGGCUUUCUGCUCCGCCCCGAACCUGUCCGAGCUGCCGGUGAACGACGAAGGCUAUAUCCUCCGAGUGCUGAGUACCCAGACCUCCGAAAGCACAACAACUGCAUGGCCAGUCACCUGACCCCAGCAGUCUAUGCCCGGCUCUGCGACAAGACCACACCCACUGGUUGGACGCUAGAUCAGUGUAUCCAGACUGGCGUGGACAACCCUGGCCACCCCUUCAUCAAGACUGUGGGCAUGGUAGCUGGAGAUGAGGAGACCUAUGAGAUAUUUGCUGAGCUGUUUGACCCUGUGAUCCAAGAGAGACACAAUGGAUAUGACCCCCGGACAAUGAAACAUACCACAGAUCUGGAUGCCAGCAAGAUCCGUUCUGGCUAUUUUGACGAGAGGUAUGUAUUGUCCUCGAGAGUCAGAACUGGUCGAAGUAUCCGGGGCCUCAGCUUGCCACCAGCUUGCACCCGGGCAGAACGGCGGGAAGUGGAACGUGUUGUGGUGGAUGCUCUGAGUGGACUGAAGGGAGACCUGGCUGGGCGUUACUAUCGGCUCAGUGAGAUGACAGAAGCUGAACAACAGCAGCUUAUUGAUGACCACUUUCUAUUUGACAAGCCCGUGUCCCCACUGCUGACUGCAGCAGGAAUGGCUCGAGACUGGCCAGAUGCCCGUGGAAUCUGGCACAACAAUGAGAAGAGCUUCUUGAUCUGGGUGAAUGAGGAGGAUCAUACACGGGUCAUCUCCAUGGAGAAGGGUGGCAACAUGAAAAGGGUGUUUGAAAGAUUCUGCAGAGGACUCAAAGAGGUAGAAAAGCUGAUCCAGGAGCGCGGCUGGGAAUUCAUGUGGAAUGAGCGUUUGGGGUACAUCUUGACCUGUCCGUCUAACCUGGGCACUGGACUUCGAGCAGGAGUGCACAUCAAACUGCCCUUAUUAAGCAAAGAUAAUCGCUUCCCAAAGAUCCUGGAGAACCUAAGACUCCAAAAGCGUGGGACAGGAGGAGUGGACACAGCUGCAACAGGCAGCAUCUUUGACAUUUCAAAUUUGGAUCGGCUGGGCAAGUCAGAGGUGGAGCUGGUACAACUGGUCAUCGAUGGAGUGAACUAUUUGAUUGAUUGUGAACGGCGUCUGGAGAGAGGUCAGGAUAUCCGCAUCCCUCCACCUCUUGUCCACAAUAAGCACUGACACCGCAACCCCAGUAGAUGACUCAAGAUCCCCAGGACUUCUGUUCAUUCUAACUGUGGUCCAUUCUACUUGCCUUGAAUACCUACUUCCUCCCCACCCCUCUGCUGCAGUAAAGACUCCUUGCUAUGCUCCA